CAGAGAGAGAAAGGCGGAUUCAACCAUUUCACACCAUACCUCGAGCAGCGGAGAGUUGACAACCUAACACGAGAGACGAUUAUUCCAUAUCUAGCAGAACUUCAGGGCACUCGGCGUCUGGAGAUUGACGAGUCAACGCGGCCCUACCAGGAGGGACGGGAGUUCCAAAGGAAGUAUGGGAUCUCCGAAGAGAGUUUCCAGAACUGGAAAAGGCUUCUUUCUGGAUGGCUAGGUUUCCCGGCAAUCCUGCUUCUGAAUCCGACUCGGUUUGACGACUUGUCAUUCGAGAAAAUGGUUGAGAAUUCACCGACAUUGCAAUGGACGCAGAAGACCCUUCAAGACAUGGAACUUGAGCUCGACGAUGUGAUCGUGUUGGAUACGUUUCCGAUGGUGACCGACAAGCUUCUGAAGAUCAAGAGACUACAAGGCGCGCAUGUGGAACUGGUGCAGGACUCAUUCCGCCUAACACUGACGUGCUUGCGACAUAUCCGACCGCAGGUGUUAGUCUCAUGUCAAUGUUGCAGCAGAGCAGGGAAUGAGACCUGGGGGGUCGUUAUGAACAAGAAAGCUGACGAGCUCUGUUCUUCGGGCUUGGCAGCAAAAGACGAGCUUGUUAAGGAGGUGGAGAUUGGUGACCACAUGAUGCAGGUGGUACAGGGGGUCCAUCCGCAGUAUGUGGUGCAGUAUAACGAGGCGAUGGAGGACGUUUUGCAGAGACUGUUCAGAAAGGUGUUUAAGCCGUUUGGGAAAUGGAAGAAGCAGCGGCUCAUGGCUUGGAAAGAGCUUACAACGAUCAGCGAGAUUGUCAAGAGUAGCAUGGAAUCUCUGCUCAAACAGAUGAAAUUGUACCAACAGAUCUGCGGGCGAGUGGGUGAGGCUUAUGCUCCGGGAGCAGUAAUGGUGAAGCAGAUGGAGGAGUGGGAGAGCGUAGUUGAUGGAUGG